UGGUGCUGCUGUCGGUGCCGGACCGCCUCAUCGUCAUGACCUACCUGAGCCAGAUCCGCUCCCACUUCACCAACCAGCAGCUCAGCGUACUGCAGAUAGAGCACAACAGCAGCCAGUCCUGCUACGGCCUGGCGCCCUCAGGGCCCCGCCCCCAGCGACGUGGAUAAGGCUGCGUUCUGUAUGGCCAGGCUGCAGGAAGGGGCGGUAGUGAGUCUGGAGGAAGGAGGGAGCAGCUCCUUGGUAGUCCCGCCUCCACGGAACAAGCGAUUGGCUAAAGGCGAAGAACCAUUAACACCAGUCGCUCCCCCAAGGGCAGUUGCCAAGGCAACCAGGGGUGGGCUGGUUCCGGAGAAUAGAGCCAAUGAGGUUGCUGAGAAGGGACACACACAGGGAAAAGAGUCGACAACUGAAACUGAUUCAGGAUCACCACAUGCAGCAGAGACUAAGCCCCCAAAACAGGAAGAGGAAACCAUGUGUCUCCAGGACACCAGUCAGUAUGUUCUGAGUGAGCUGGCUGCAUUAGAAGUGGAGCAGAACCACAUCGACAGCCGCGCCUCCGUGGUGGAGAGGAGGCUGAGGCGGCUCAUGGAGACAGGGGACGACCGCGAGACAGAGGAGAAGCUCAUCCAGGAGUGGUUCACUCUGGUCAACAAGAAGAACGCUCUGAUCCGCCGACAGGACCACCUGGAGCUGCUAGGAGAGGAGCAGGACCUGGAGAGACGCUUUGAGCUGCUCAACAGAGAGCUACGGGUCAUGAUGGCUAUUGAAGGUAGCUACAUGCGUAACUCCUCUCUCUCUCUGCAGGUUCAUGAUAACAUAAACAUGCCGGUGAAUGAGAUGUGAGAUGAGUCUGUUUAUGAGGAGUCUGAGGACUUCUGUCAUCACAACAGACACAAAUCAUGCUGCUGUGAUCGCACAUCUCUCUCUCUCUCUGGUUUAUGAGUUAUGGGCUGAUUAUGAUGGCUGGAUUAUGAGUAGAUGAUGAUGGAUUAUGAGUAGAUGAUGGUUGGAUAAAUGGAUGGUGAGCAGGGGUAGCUGGACGGUGAAUGGAUGAGUGUUGCUGAGGGUGUCCCUUUGUGCAGACUGCAGAAGUCUCCGUCCCAGCAGCAGAGGGAGCAGCUGCUGCUGUCCGAGCUGGUCUCCCUCGUGAACCAGAGGACGAGAUCAUCAGAGACAUCGACGCCAAGGAGAG